AUGACAGCAACAGCAGGAUCAACAACGACUACUGGAAAAAGCAGUGUAACACUGUCUCUUCAUCCUUUGGUAAUUAUGAAUAUAGCUGAACACCAUACACGUGUUCGAGUUCAAACAUCCCGUGUAAAUCCUGUUUAUGGUGCAUUAUUAGGUAAAAUAAAAGGUCGUCAUGUUGAAUUAUGUAAUACAUUCGAAUUUAAACUUACUAAUGAUUCUCCAUCAACGACAACAACUUCUAACGUAACAAUUGAUAUGGACUUUUUAACAAAAAAACUUGAAUUAAUUCGACAAGUUCACCCGGAUCUUGAUUUUACGGGCUGGUAUACAGUUGAGAGUAAAGAUUGGAAUCCAUCAACAAUGAGUUUAUUUUAUAAUCAACUUUCAUCGCUUAACGAAAGUCCACUACUACUUCGACUUGAUCCCAUUGGUGUUUCAAAUGAAUUACCCAUACAUGUUUAUGAAACCAUUGUUGAUUUAGGCACUAAAAUUGAUUUUAUUGAAAUAUCUUAUACACUUAUCACCGAAGAAGCUGAACGUAUUGGUAUUGAUCAUGUUGCAAGAUAUUCUGUGACGGAUGGAACAUCUGACACAUCAAUCGUUUCCGAUCAAAUCGCUAUACAAUUCAAUGCCAUUCGUUUACUUUAUCAACGGAUGCUCAUGUUACUUGAAUAUGUUCGAGCUGUUAAAGAAGGUCAAUUAGAACGAAAUGAUGAUCUUUUACGUGAAAUCGGUUCGUUAUGCCAACGUUUACCAAUUAUAAAUACAGAUGAUAAUAAUAAUCAAAUGUUUCGUGAAGAUUUCGAUAUUCAACAAUCUGAUGUUGCACUUUUAGCUUUAUUAGCAUGUUGUACACAAGAAAUUAGUACAUUGAACGAUUACUUGAACAAAUUUCAAGCGGUACAUGAUAAACAGCAACAUUCAUCGGGUCCUGGUGGCAGCUUUGGAUAUGGUAGUGGUGGCCGACGAAUGGUUCGUGGCACUGGUUAUUUUCCUGCGUCGUUUGUCUGA